ACACCCCACACACGUCUAAUCGAGAUGUCGGUGGCUGCGGACGUCUCUGACUGGAUCGCCACUCCUGCUCCAUUCAAUGGAAAUAAGUGUGGAAAGAGAGCAGUGUUUUCAAGUGAUAACUCCAUCGUCCAGCGGCGAGGUGUGGCAGACCACCGUCCUCGAGACUACCACUAAGCGGAAUUUUGGACUGGUUAGUGGAUGUGUACCAAGUCUCCUAUAUACAAAGACCAGCUCCACUAUGACGGCUACAGUUUGUAACAUAUUGUGUUGUGUAUGCAGGAUCCUCAUCUAAUAUGAGUGAUCAUGUCUUUUGAGCACAUGUUCAAUUUUUUGUUGUAAGUAUUAAUGCGUGAAGUGCCUGACUUAACGAAUGCAUUUUCAGUAAAGAUAGGGAUGGGAUACAACAUGAAGCAUG